AUGGAAGGCCAACUCCGUCAUGACUAUCUUGAUCACCAUCAUUUCAGACACCGCCUGCCCUUCUGCUACCUCGGCCGUGCCCGUCUCUCGCGCGCCAUCAUGCUCUACCGAAAAACAAUCCCCGGCGGAUCCUCGUCGACCUUCAAAAUCCGCUGGCACGCCUGCCGCCUGGACGUCAACCUCUCUGCUGAAUCGGUCCUCGUCACAGACGUGGCGGCCAAAAAGUUCGGCGCCGACAGGCCCGUCGCUCAGGAGGGCUUCACAUCUACGUUUAGCGGGUGGGUUGGCAAUACACGCGACUCGCAUCGCGUGAUUCAGCUGGGGAGAACAAAGGGCGCAGAAGUGGAGGAUCGUGCGGCGAUGGCUGCGAUGGAGAUGUCCUUCGAGGGGGGCGGCGAUUUUACUAGCUGGGAUGAUCUGGCUAGCGGCGCAGAAACGGCUGGUAUUGAGGCCGCAGAGACGAAGGCGUGGCUAGAGGGCAGCGGCGGCGGCGAACAGGUCGACAGCGAGGUUGAGCAGGCGCAUGAGAGGGGGGUAUAG